AUGCCGAAGAAUGCUUUUCCUCGCCUUGCUCAGGAGGAGCUCCUUGCUUUGCUGAGACCUUUCACCAUUAUGGAUAUCCAUAAGGAAAUCUUUGAGAUGAAGCCCUUUCAAGCCCCCGGGCCGAACGGUUUUCAUGCAGCUUUCUAUCAGCAGGCCUGGAGUGUGGUUGGGAAGUCCCUUACUGAUAUGGCUCUGGAUUUCUUCAACUCUGGAGCGCUCCCGGCCGAGGUUUCCGAGUCUACAGUCGUGCUCAUUCCCAAGGUUGACCACCCAGAGUUUGUGACUCAGCUUCGGCCUAUCUCAUUGAACAAUGUGAGCCUUAAGGCCAUCACCAAAGCUAUCACUAGUAGGUUGAAGCCGGUCAUGAGGAAUCUCAUCUCUCCUCGCCAAAGCAGCUUCAUCCCAGGUCGUCAAACUACAGAUAACGUUAUAGUCGUGCAGGAGGUUCUUCACUCACUCAGGAAGAGGAAGGGAAAGAAAGGGGGUCUGAUCCUUAAGAUCGACCUCGAGAAAGCGUAUGACAUGCUUAGGUGGGAUUUCCUUUGCGAUACUUUGAUGGAGGUGGGGCUUCCCAGCUCUUGGAUCCGGUGCAUCAUGUAUUGUGUGGAGCAGAACAAGAUGUGCAUUCUCUGGAAUGACACUCUGUCAUCCCCCAUUAUCCCUACCCGCGGUGUUCGCCAGGGAGAUCCCCUUUCCCCAUAUCUUUUUGUUUUAUGUAUGGAGCGAUUAUCUCAUAGAAUUGAUGCGGCCCUCCAUAGUGGGCAAUGGAAGCCUAUUAAGCUCACUAGGGACGGGCCACCUGAUGACUCGGUAUUUGCACAUAUUUUCCCCUUUGUUUCUUGA